AUGAAUAUUCUACUGGUCGCUCUGUUGGUGGCCACAGUCUGCGUUGGCGGUGGAGUCGAGGAUGGGCGAGGAGCGCGGGAGCAACGACAACAGCCGAGUUCAGCCGUGGGUUGUGGUCCGAAUGAGGUGCUGCACUUUUUGCGUUUGCUAUGCAUUACUUUUUGUUGGCUAGUCGUUGAAAGUAGGACAACUUGGCUUGGUUAUAUAGCUCUUGUUUUUUGGAAUAGCCUUUAAUUAUGUUGUUAUCUUCUCUAGUUUUUUGCCAGACGUUUUCCAAGUGCAACAAGCAGGUUUUGACGAGAAAAUGAACCUAUUAAACUUUGACAAACAUCUCAGCGGCGCAAGCAAAUCCUGGGCUAAAAUUUGAAGCAAAGAGUACAGUUAACUUCAGAAAAGAAAAACGAGAAAAAAAAUCGAAGUUUGCAUAACAAAAAUGCCUUUCAAAAAUUUAUCGCUAAAUUUUCAACGUAUAAAAGUUCUUUUUAUUUUGGUUAUUCAAACCCUACCUUACUGCUUGUUAAUUUCCUUGCUUUCUAAACCAUCACCAAAUCCCUUAACCACCUAAAAUCACAGUCAUCGCUGCAAUAUUCACUUUAUUUUUGCCUCAGUUUGCUGAAUCUCACCUAGACAAACCAUACACCCUAAAAAAUCAAACCCAGCGUUUUCAGCAAGUUUCCGCUUAUUUUGGCAACACACGCAAACGAACGCUGCCUGAGAGCAGCGGCUUACGACACUAUGCCUAUGAAAAUCUUUUUGCUCCUGCCAAUGUAAUGCCCCUUUGGAUUUACUCAUACCUUCUUUUAGGCCCCUGAAGCCACUCGGGAUCCUCGAAUACCCCAGCCGAUUGUGGUCCGGACUGACUCCGUCCCUCCAAACUUUGAUCCUCAACGGUUGAACGACCCAAGAUAUGAGGCUGAGUUGAAGAGAUAUCAAGCCGAAGUUGCUAGACAAAUUGCUCUGGAAGAGAGGAGAAUUCAAGAAGAAUUCAGGCAAAGGGGGUACCCGCCGCAACAAAGGGCUGGUCAACAGAACAGACAGGGUGCUCCGCCGACUGUGGCAUUUACGUUCCAAUUGAAUAGCCAGCCAGCGCAACGACCGCAGAGUCCGGUGCAGCAACCGCAGCAACCAGCAGCUCCUGUUCAGCAAGGCCAGCAGGUUAGGGCACAACCAAGACAGGAUGACAGGUGAGUAGUUAAGAAACGAAUUUCCAAUUGAAUUCGAUCUGUUGUGCCGCAGAUUCAGUUAACUUUUUGACUAUUACAUAUGCUAGUUUUGGCAAGUAUGCAAGGCUUAAAGAAAAGUGAACUGUUAUUUAUAUCGCCAGCUUUUUAGCUUUUUGCCUUUUUUUGAUUUUCACGCCUAUAACUUCAAUUGCGAAGACAUUAGGUUGAUGCAUAAUUAUCCGGCGUUUUUCAACAAAUUGCGCGAUCGGCUUUGUUGUUGUCGGAGAGUUCGUGAGGGACCCAUCCAGCCAAUUUCCAUACCUAUUUCCAAAAUAUUUACUUCAUCAUUUCAGCGCUUUCCAACCUCCUCAACGCUCUCAAAAUCCCCCACCAGCCCCUCAAUAUCCGCAAGUUCAAACCCAGACCUACAAUCAGCCUCAAACCCAGCAACAACCGCCCUACACUCAAACCCAAGCCAAUCCGCAAUCCUAUCAGCCUCCUCUACCUCAGCCACAAGCUCAAGCCGCUCAAUACAACCCUCAAUAUUACCAGUCGCAUCAGGAAUCGCGCCAACCACCGCGCGAGUAUCAAGUCCAAAGGUCGAGUGGCCAGCAUUGGACGGCGCCGCCGCAACCCCAGCUCCAGAUCCCGCCCACAAAUCCACCGAAUCGCAAAGUCACCAAACAAUUUACUGUAGCGCCCACGGACAGUUACAAUGAUCGGCUGCGAAGUUACAACGAGCAGAUGGAAGCGAGACGCCGGCAGUUGGCCAAAGAAAAAGAGGAGAUGAUCAAGAGUUUGCAAGUCAGUUAGUUUAACAGUAGGACCUCAUUACUGUGACAGCUAACCAAAAUGUUGAUUUAGUUUGAGUGGACGUGAGAUUUUUUAGUUAUUUUUUUUAUUUAAAAUUGAAAAUUUUGCUUUCAAAAUUUCAAAAAAAUCCAUUUUCGGAAAGAAAACCGUAUUUUACCUCUCAAAAAUUUUAAUUUGUCAAUGUAAUGAGGUUUUAUUGUACUGACGUUUGUCAAAUCUCUCAAACCUUCGAAAAAAUAAUCAAUUCGACCUUUGAUCAGAUAUUUUUUUACCAAUUCCAUUACUCUUCAAACAAUGCCAUUUUUAUUUUCUCGUCCAAUAAACGUUUUUUUCCCCGCACAGUACAUAAAAUCUCAUUGCAUCAAAAAUAACUGUCAAAGACAAGGGCGAUAAGGCGCGAUUAAUUGACGUUUUAUGCAACUUUUUUGGAGUCAAAAUGGAGCCUCAGGCUGGAAAUUGAAACCUUUAAAAUGGGAUUGUAAAUUCUCCGUGAGUAGGGUGAAUAGCACAAGAGAUGACAACUCUUUAUGGAAUGACAAAAGAGAACCGCAAAUUCAUGUUGAAGAUACCAAUUUCUAACCGCAUUGACAAACUUUACAUGCUCAUAAGUUAUAACUAGUAGGAUAAAAAGCUUGAUGGAUGUGGUCACUUUUGUACGCGGUGUAUCUUCCUUCGAUGUGCAAAAGAUCGAAAAAGAUUGACCUUAUUUUUCCUGCCCGCUGUCAAAAAAUAAGAUUAGGUUGAGUAAAAAUUUUGUCCAUUUUUUCAAAAGUUUGAAGUCGAUUAUUUUCUUGCCCAGAUACCUCGUUAUUUCAACAUACUUGUAGACUAAUAGAGGGCUUAUCGAACCUUCAUCUAGGGUGUAUUGCUAAGCCUUACGGCAAGACGGAGAUUUUCUGUUGCUAAAAGUCGGAAGUGCCCCCGAUUUUGGCAGGGUACGAAGCGCCGUGGGACCAAGAGGUCACUUUUUAUAUUAAGAAUUGAGGAAAAAUUCUUGCUAAAGGCUUUAAAGUCACCAGAAGUGUAGAAUUUACAUUGUAUAAUAUAUUAAUAUUUUCUUGUAAUCCCUGGAUCAGCUCAUUUUUGAUUGAUUACGACUUAUUGCCGCCAGAGAUAUCCAAAGCUUAUUUUGCUAACUUUUUAUUUAUGUUUGCUCCUCUUUCAAAAGGUCAAGAAAUAUCCAAGAACGAGCUCGUCAAACGGAUUAAUAAAUAACUCAAAACUCAUCUUCACUAAUCAUAAGCACUACAUAUAUUAUAGUAUUUAUAUACCAGUAUGACAAAAAUUUUGCAGUACCAAAAUCACGGAGAAAAUGAGGAUCCAAAUAGCCCUAAAGACGAAGUUGUUCCGUUUACGAAGAGCUACCAGCAUCAGCAAGAGCUAAUUCGGCAAAGCCAGCAGGCCCAAGCCAACGCUCCACCAACACCUUCAACAACUCGAAGACCCCCUAAAACAACCAGAGCUCCAUUAGUCUACUCCAACUCCAACAACCGAUACCAAUACGGGCUGGGAAAUCGCAGUAACAACAAAGAGUCCGUCUAUCAAAUGCAGCAGCGCCGGCGCAACGAAUACGCAGCGCAACGGCAACGGGAACGAGAGGAAAAGCAGCGGAUUGAAUUGGAACAACUUCAACGCGCCGAAUUGCAGCGAAAAAUCGCCGAAGAGCAGGCGAAACAGGCCGCAGCAUUGGCCGCGAUCAAAAUGAGAAAUCAACAAGGAGCUACGGUGAGUUCGGAGCCGGCUCCACUGUAUCCGAAUGAUGAUGAGAGCCCGUCCAUUGAUCUGGCGCAAUAUUAUGACGACAUCGAUGAGGAUAUCGUCUCAACGUCUAUUCCACAGGUAAGAGUGGACUUUUUUGAUGACAAAACUGCUUUGUUCGCUAUAAAUUUAUUGUUUUUUCAGGCUCAACUAGAAAGUCCAAUCUCUCCAUCACCCAUGUGGACGAUGGGUGAUGACAUUAGUGACCACCCUGACUUCUUAUUUGAUCUUCCUUGUAAUGGUUUCACAGAUGAGAUUUGUUUUCAACAAGUAAGUUCUUUUACUCCAAAAAUUUUUUUGAAGAAAAAAAUCAAACUUUAUUUCCAAUACAUGUAUAAUAUUAAAUCUCUCUCAACCUCUACCAAACAUAUGCUCUGGCGCCGGCUUCCGUGAUCUGCGCCUUUUUCUCGUCGACUUGGGUCGGCUGCUGAUAUCUGCUGAUCUCCGGGUCCACAUAUUGAGUGAUGUUAUUGUUCGUGUCAUCGUUGAAACUGCCGUAUUCUCGUUGAAAUAGCUCUUCGAGUUGAGCCUUGGUGGUUAGAUCGUCCCAAACUUUGACACAGUUCAACACAGUGAUGCCAACGAUGGUGGCGAUGAGAAGACAAACGACCAGAGUUAGGAGCUGAAAAUAGAAGAAAAUGGAAUGGUUAUAGAGAACAUAAUAGAUGAAGAUUUUGCCAAAAAAAGACUUUUGUGGAGCUCCAGAAAAUCAAAAAAUUAUUUUUUCUAGUUUUGACAAAAAAUACGUAAAUUUUGAAUUUUUACUCCCGACACAUCGUCUAGAUUUUGUUCAAAUUUUGCGCACACAAUCUGUAAAGAGUACUUAUAAAUUACUAAAAAUUUUAGCUCACGCUUUGCUGCCUCAGCCGAGAUAUUCAACAAUCAUUGACUAUCAGUCUGUCGGGAAAAUAACGGCGGAUCGCCGCACCAAAAUGUCUCCCCUCGCCGCUAUCGCGCACCAAAUCCCCAGCCGCGGCUUGCAGUCGCAAAGCGAUGAUGGGCGAUUCCGAGGCGCGACGAUCCGCCGUUUUUUUCCCGACAGACCGAUAGAAUAUGAGAGAGUACUCGAAAUGGAGAGGGUUAGACAUGAAGACGUUUCUGUUCAUAUUUUUCAAAUUCCACGAUAUUUUUCCUAGCGAGCUUGAGGUUUGGUUGUUGACAGGCAGCUUUUGAGGGAAUAUUUUCACUUCGUUGCCCUAGGGCAAGUUAAAAACAAAGUCAGCGCCCGGUGCAACUUGGAAAAUUUCUUUUGAGGUACAGUGGGGGACCUGAUCCAGUGGCAAAAAACGUACCAUCUUGUAUCCAGGAAGCAUCAAAAAAUGUGGCAAAAUACCUCCCCCUGCAAGUGAAAAAAAAAACUUAGACUUCAAAGCGCGCCCGCUCUUUUUGUGAGGAAAAAAGGAGCGCCCUUCAAAACUAAGUUUUUUCACUUGGAGAGGGAAGCAUUUUGCCACAUUUUUGGUACUUCCCGGAUACAAAAUGGGGCGUUUUUUGCCACUGGAUCAGGUCCACUGUAGAGAAAAUAAGUUUCAGCUACAUAUGGUUGACCAGAUGUUUCCGUAUUUUAAUAAAAAAUAUUCAUGUUUGACCAUAAAAAGUUAAAAAAUGACAGAAAAAAUUGGAACUUACAACUCCUUCAACUUCGGUCCCCGUGGUGAUGACUCGAUUAGCUAGGCCAAGGAAAUCUGUGAAAGUAGCCGACAUCUUUUCGUUGCGAAGCGACCGGUCGAAAAUACAAAAUCGAAUGAGAAAUAAAUCAAAUUUUGAAAACUAAAAAAAUAAAAAAAAAUAUUUUUUUUUUAUUUUCAGCAAGCAUCAUUACCCCCAGAAGAAGUGCACAAAUGCUGUCAGACCAAGAUCGUUUUGACCGAUCAAUGUGCCCCAGGGAAGUGCAGCAACGGCACAGUGCAAUUAUGUUGCAUUCAGAAGUUCCUUCAGUCCAAAUUCAAGUGUUGUAAUGAUAGAAAACAAGCCGAUGCGUUGUUUGCAACCGACUCUUUCAGCAAAUGUUGCUUUGAGAACUUUGUUCAGGAGGAUGUAAGUUGAAAGUAAUACUGUUUUAACCUAUAUGUAAUGUGUCUGAAAUUUAAAAAAAAAUUUUUAAAUGAGAUUAAAAUUCAUCAAAAAUUUUAAUUUCAAUUUUUAUAUUAUACAAUAUACGUCUUACCAAAUUUAUCAAAAUCGGGCAACUUUCCGCUGUAAAAUUGGCGUUCAAAGAGCAACGCAUCCAUGCAUAAUAAUGCAAUAUGUAUGUACAGUGGGGACCUGAUCCAGCGGCAAAAAACGUAUAAUUUUGUAUCCGGGAAGUAUCAAAAAAUGUGGCAAAAUGCUUCUCUCUCCAAGUGUAAAAAAAUUUGUUUUGAAGGUCGCGCCCUUUUUCCUCACAAAAAGAGCGGACGGGUUUUUGAAACCUGAGAUUUUUUCACUUGCAGAGGGAGGUAUUUUGCCACAUUUUUUGAUGCUUCCUGGAUGCAAAAUGGAACUUUUUUUGCCACUGGGUCAGGUCCCUCACUGUACGAUACAAAAAAAAAAGUAUUUUUUCCUACUUGACCAAUCAUCAUAACUUAUGUAUAUUGCAAGUAUUUAUCUUCUAUUUAUUCACAGGAUCCCUGCUGUCCCAAAUCCUUCAGCGACAAGCAAUGGAUGCAUGUCCACGAGCUCUGCCUUCCCAAUGUGAACAUCGACCUGAGCUCGGUCAAGGUUCCACAACGCCCAAUUGCCGGCAUGUCCACGGUGGUUCAUUACGACUUCUCAAAGACCGAUAAAUGGCGCUUCGAAUGUCGAUAUGGCGGACACGUCCCACAGUACUCCUACUUUACCGACGAGGCCUUCAAAAGUAAAUCGAAGGAGAAAAGCUAUGAAGAAUAA